CAACAAAAUAACGGAAAUGUAGCGACAAAGUAACCGCGCUUUGAGACCAGCAACACAACUGACUUUUUACUUCAGUAACUCUAUAAAGACAAUGGAGUAUAAGUUGUACUUGCAAAGCAAGAGUACAAUUCCAAGUAGCACUAAAAGAAGAUGGAGUGAUUGCCAUAAAGGUUUUAGGAAAAAGCAAUAUAAAGCAUGGUUGCAAGAUCCAGUUCGUCAAGAUGACACAUCUAACAGUGAAGAUGAGAACAGUUCCUCAUGCUAUAAGACCGAAACAGCACCACAUCAUACCUCAGAUGACACAUCUAACAGUGAAGAUGAAAACAGUUCCCCAUGCUAUGAGACUGACACAGAAUCAUAUCAUACCACAAUGGAUGCUGAAGCAUAUGACAACACACAGAAUUAUGAUGGAGAGAACCCCAAAACAACACAAGACAAGAUCUAUCCCACUGCUAAGAUUAGUAAUGAAGAAUCACAACUGGCAAUUUUAUGCUAUGCUCUUAGGCACACCACAACAAAAUCCGCUCUUGGUGACUUAUUAGACCUAAUUAAUCUACAUUGCCCAGAAGGAACCAACGGAGCACCAAAUAGUCUUUACACGUUCUUGAAGGAAUUUGAUUAUAAUUCAUUUGAAAUAGUGUACAUCUGCCCCACAUGUCAUCAAUACUUUGGUAAUGAAAUCCCAGCAAAUUGUGAUUCAUGUGGUUUUGAACCAGGGGAUAAGAACUCUCUUAUUAAAUCUGGUGACGUUUUCAUGAAAUUGUCCAUAAGAAAACAAUUGGAAGACAAAAUGUCAGAUUCUACAUUUACAGCAGCACUGAAUUACAAGUGGACCAGAGUCAAAAGCAGUCCAGACAGUGUUCAAGACAUAUUUGAUGGUGAAAUGUAUAAAUCAGUAGGUCCCUGA